CUGGCUCUGUUGCUGCUUUUUAAAAGUCUUGUCUAAUAAGCAUGUGGCUCCUGAUCAUCUGUUGCAAAUCUGCCAGCGCAUCGGUCCUAUGCUGGAUAAAGAAAUUCCACCCAGUAUCUCAAGAGUCACUUCUUUACUUGGUGCAGGAAGACAGUCUUUGCUACGUACAGCAAAAGACUGCAGGCACACAGUGUGGAAGGGCUCUGCCUUUGCUGCUCUUCACAGAGGAAGACCUCCUGAAAUGCCGGUGAAUUAUGGCUCCCCACCAAAUAUUGUGGAGAUACAUCGAGGAAAGCAACUCACAGGGUGUUCCACUUUUAGCACAGCAUUUCCUGGAGCUAUGUAUCAGCACAUAAAAAUGCACAGGAGGAUUCUUGGACAUCUGUCUGCCGUUUACUGUGUAGCGUUUGAUAGAACAGGACAUAGAAUCUUUACAGGUUCGGAUGAUUGUUUGGUAAAGAUUUGGUCAACACAUAAUGGCCGCCUGUUAUCCACACUAAGAGGUCAUUCUGCAGAAAUUUCCGAUAUGGCGGUGAACUGUGAGAAUACUUUGAUUGCUGCAGGGAGCUGUGAUAAAAUCAUUAGGGUGUGGUGCUUGAGAACCUGUGCCCCAGUGGCUGUGCUGCAAGGACACACAGGGUCAAUCACAUCUCUGCAGUUUAGCCCCAUGGCCAAAGGCUCUCAGAGAUACAUGGUUUCCACUGGUGCUGACGGGACAGUGUGCUUUUGGCAAUGGGAUUUACAGUCUCUGAAAUUCAGUCCACGUCCCCUGAAGUUUACUGAAAAGCCUAGGCCAGGAGUUCAAAUGCUUUGUUCUUCUUUUAGUGUUGGUGGUAUGUUUUUAGCUACGGGAAGUACUGAUCAUGUAAUCAGAAUGUAUUUUUUGGGUUUUGAAGCACCUGAAAAAAUUGCAGAACUUGAAAGCCACACAGAUAAAGUAGAUAGUAUCCAGUUUUGUAACAACGGUGACCGGUUCCUAAGUGGCAGCAGAGAUGGAACAGCACGGAUUUGGAGGUUUGAACAGUUAGAAUGGAGAAGUAUUUUAUUGGAUAUGGCUACCAAAAUCUCAGGAGACUUGUCUUCAGAAGAAGAAAGGUUUAUGAAACCCAAAGUAACAAUGAUAGCUUGGAAUCAGAAUGAUAGCAUUGUUGUCACAGCUGUGAAUGAUCAUGUCCUCAAAGUAUGGAAUUCUUACACCGGACAGCUGCUUCAUAAUUUACUGGGACAUGCUGAUGAAGUAUUUGUUUUGGAGACACAUCCUUUCGAUCCAAGAAUUAUGUUAUCUGCGGGACAUGAUGGCAGCAUAUUUAUAUGGGAUAUUACAAAAGGCACCAAGUUGAAACAUUAUUUUAAUACGAUUGAAGGCCAAGGACAUGGAGCUGUGUUUGACUGCAAGUUUUCACAGGAUGGACAACAUUUCGCCUGUACAGACUCUCAUGGGCAUCUUCUGAUAUUUGGUUUUGGGUGCAGCAAACCAUAUGAAAAGAUUCCUGAUCAGAUGUUCUUCCAUACUGACUACCGACCACUGAUUAGAGAUUCUAAUAAUUAUGUCUUAGAUGAGCAAACUCAACAGGCUCCUCAUCUUAUGCCUCCGCCAUUCUUGGUGGAUGUUGAUGGAAAUCCUCAUCCAACUAAAUAUCAGAGAUUGGUGCCUGGUCGGGAAAAUUCUGCCGAUGAACAUUUGGUUCCACAGCUUGGCUAUGUGGCCACAAGUGACGGAGAGGUAAUUGAACAAGUCAUAAGCCUCCAAACCAAUGAUAACGGCGAGGGAAGCCCAGAGUCCAGCAUCCUGGAUGGAAUGAUAAGGCAGCUGCAGCAGCAGCAAGAUCAGAGGAUGGGAGCAGAGCAGGACACUGGGCCAGGUGGACUUGCAAAUGGGGAAGAGACGCCUCGAAGAGGCUUUAGAAGAGUAAGUUUAGACAUCCAGUCCCCUCCAAAUAUUGGUUUGCGUCGCAGUGGACAAGUUGAAGGUGUCCGCCAGAUGCACCAAAAUGCCCCGCGGAGUCAGAUUGCGACAGAACGGGACCUGCAGGCUUGGAAACGAAGAGUGGUUGUACCAGAGGUACCACUGGGCAUAUUUAGGAGGUUGGAAGACUUUCGAAUAGAAAAAGGAGAAGAGGAAAGAAAUCUUUAUAUAAUAGGGAGAAAAAGGAAGACUCUGCAGCUCUCACAAAAGUUGGAUUCAGUGGUUUUGGGGUCACAGUCUAGGCAGAGGACAUGUAGACGUAAAUAUCCAACUUACCGUAGGAGGAUCGCUGGCCGUCGCGAACUAUCUUCUGGAAAUGAGUCUUCAUGCUCUGUAAGACAGGAGACCUCCUGUGACCAAAGUGAAGGUUCUUGUUCUUCAGAAGAAGAUGAAUGGAAGAGUGAUAGAAAAAGUGAAAGUUACAGUGAAAGCUCAAGUGACUCCUCAUCUCGAUACUCUGAUUGGACAGCUGAUGCAGGCAUCAAUUUGCAGCCUCCUUUGAGAAUGUCAUGUCGUCGACGAAUUACCCGAUUUUGUAGUAGUUCAGAGGAUGAAAUGUCUACUGAGAAUUUAUCUCCUCCAAAAAGAAGACGGAAGAGAAAGAAAGAAAGUAAGCCUAAAAAAGAGCAGAAUUUGCAGAGGAUGACUCCAGCAGAGCUUGAAAAUAUGGAACAUUUAUAUGAAUUUCAUCCUCCAGUGUGGAUAACAGACACCACACUACGAAAGUCUCCCUUUGUUCCUCAAAUGGGUGAUGAGGUCAUCUAUUUCCGACAGGGCCACGAAGCUUAUAUUGAAGCUGUCAGAAGAAAUAACAUUUAUGAACUGAACCCUAACAAGGAGCCAUGGAGAAAAAUGGAUCUUAGGGAUCAAGAAUUGGUCAAAAUAGUUGGAAUACGGUAUGAAGUUGGGCCCCCAACCCUCUGUUGCCUUAAACUAGCAUUUAUAGAUCCUGCGACUGGAAGACUAAUGGAUAAAUCUUUCUCUAUUAGAUACCAUGAUAUGCCAGAUGUUAUUGACUUUCUUGUAUUGCGUCAGUUUUAUGAUGAAGCAAGACAGAGAAAUUGGCAGUCUUGUGACAGAUUCCGAUCUAUUAUUGAUGAUGCUUGGUGGUUUGGAACAGUGUUAAGUCAAGAGCCCUAUCAACCACAAUAUCCUGAUAGUCAUUUCCAGUGUUACAUUGUUAGGUGGGACAAUACUGAAAUUGAAAAACUUAGCCCAUGGGACAUGGAACCAAUUCCUGAAAAUGUUGAUCCACCUGAAGAAGUUGGAGCAAGUAUUUCUGUUACAGCAGAUGAGCUAGAGAAAUUGCUCUACAAACCACAAGAUGGUGAAUGGGGUCAGAAAUCGAGAGAUGAAGAAUGUGAGCGGAUUAUCAGUGGCAUAGAUCAGCUGUUGAAUCUUGAUAUAGCAGCAGCUUUUUCAGGCCCCGUUGAUUUGUGUACAUACCCCAAGUACUGUACUGUAGUAGCUUAUCCAACUGAUCUCUACACAAUUCGAAUGAGACUUGUUAAUCGAUUUUACAGGAGGCUGUCUGCAUUAAUUUGGGAAGUCCGAUACAUAGAGCAUAAUGCCAGAACAUUUAAUGAACCUGAAAGUGUAAUUGCAAGAUCAGCUAAAAAGAUAACUGACCAACUUUUAAAGUUUAUUAAGAAUCAAGAUUGCACAAAUAUCUCGGAACUGUCCAACACAUCUGAAAAUGAAGAACAAAAUGCUGAGGAUCUGGAUGACAGUGAUGUUCCUAAAACAUCCUCUGGAAGGAGGAGAGCCCAUGGCUGGAAGAAAAAGAACAGCAGAGCUGCCAGCUACCUUGAAAGCAGCUGGAAGAGACAGUGUAAGGAGCUGGUGAACCUGAUUUUCCAGUGCGAGGAUUCAGAGCCGUUUAGACAGCCUGUGGAUCUGGUGGAGUAUCCAGACUACCGAGAUAUUAUCGAUACACCGAUGGAUUUUGGAACAGUGAGGGAAACUCUAGAAGCGGGAAAUUAUGACAGCCCUUUGGAAUUUUGUAAAGACAUCCGAUUGAUAUUUAGCAAUGCCAAAGCAUAUACACCAAACAAAAGGUCAAAGAUUUACAGUAUGACCUUGAGAUUGUCUGCUUUAUUUGAAGAAAAAAUGAAGAAAAUUUCUUCUGAUUUUAAAAUUGGUCAAAAAUUCAAUGAAAAACUUCGACGAAGCCAGAGGUUCAAGCAAAGGCAAAAUUGUAAUGGUGUUGUUCAGCCCAACAAAAGUAUGAGAAAUAUCAGGCAGAAACGGUUAAAAUCUCAGCCGAAAGUAACUCCUGAGUCGGUAGAUUCUCCUACCCAGUCUACCUCAAGUAGGGCAGCUCAUUCUGCAGCACACAAGACGCGUGCUGGUGUCUCUUCAGGGGUUACGUCUGGGGACUCCUCAGAUUCAGCAGGAUCUUUGGAGAGAAGAAGAAACAGACCUGUGACUCUGCAAAAUGAUUCUCUGCUGUCCGAAAGUGAAAUGGAAGAUUCCUUAGCUACCUCUUCGUCCUCUUCUGCUUUCAAUAGUUCAGAGGAAAGCAAAGAGAGUUCGAGAGCACGAGAGUCCUCCCGUGGCGGGCUGUCCAGAAGCAGCAGUCUCAGGGUGACCAGGACACGAGCUGCUCAGAGGAGAACCGGUCCUCUUGCCUUAGAAAAUGGAUGUGGCAGAAAAGCCACUCGAAAAAGAGUCUAUUUAAGUGAUUCUGAUAACAAUUCACUGGAGACCAGUGAAAUUCUGAAAGCCAGAGCUGGUGGUAAUCGAAAAGUCCUACGCAGGUGUGCUGCUGUGGCUGCCAAUAAGAUAAAGUUAAUGAGUGAUGUAGAAGAAAAUUCUAGCUCUGAAAGUGUGUGCUCCGGUCGGAAGCUUCCUCACCGCAAUGCUUCUGCUGUGGCUAGAAAAAAGUUACUGCAUAAUUCUGAAGAUGAUCAGAGCCUAAAGUCAGACAUUGAAGAAGAAGAGCCAAAAGAUCAGGCUCUGCCGUUGCUAGCAUCCGAUGCUCGUGUUUCCCAGAAUACUGGCAGUGAACCUGAAAAUGGAGAUUCAGAAUCAGAAAGUGAUUUGCGAGUAGCCCGGAAAAAUUGGCAUGCUAAUGGUUGUAAGUCCCAUACUCCAGCAAGCUCCAAAACCAAAUUUCCUAAGAUAGAGUCCUCUGAGGAAGACUCUAAGAGUCCGGAGUCAGAUAAUGGUCACAACAGAACUGCUGGCCCCUCCCCUGCUGUGGGGAGGAAAGCUGAGGCAGAGAGCGUCUCGGAGGAGGCAGACUCUGAGCCAGGAAGCAAGGCAUUUCGCAAGAGUGCAAGUUUGUUUAAGAAAGCAAAGAUCUUAAGUGAUUCCGAAGACUCAGAAUCUGAAGAACAAGACAGAAAUGAGGACACGUGUCACAAAACGGGAACGAGCACAAUUUCAGGAAACUUGAAAUGUGAGCCCAACGCUGGGUCUCAGUGCUUCUCAGAUUAUGUAUCUGAAACUGAUUUAGAUUCAGAUGAUGACAAAACAAAAGAAAAACCAAAUAAUUUUAUGAAAGAUUCUAUAUCACAAGACAAUGGACAGAGCAGAAAAAUUUCCAGGAAAAGGGUCUACUCCAGUGACUCAGAGAGCAGCUCAAAGGCAACCAAGAAGCUACCACAAGCCACAACAGGUCGCACAAGGGUCACUCAUAGCAGUGCAGCUGCAGCUGGCAGCAAGAUCAAGCUUGUGAAUGAUGCUGAAGAUGUCAUCUUAGGAAACAUGUGCACUAGGAGGAAAGGUGGGCGGAAAAAAGUGCUCCGUUGUGCUGGCCCCACAACUAGGAAGCCAGCAGGUGACAGUGAGGAAGGCGCAAACGGGUUGGGGCCGGGUGAGCAGGGUGCCCGUGCGGACACUCCUGCCCCCACCUCGGAGAGCCGCGCAGAACAUGCCAGCCAGCCUUUAAACAGAGACUCGGACUCGGAAGGCAUUUGGGCUUCAGACCCCGUGAACAUGCUUCCCAGUAGUAACAACACAGAUGCACCUUCUAAAACAGAGAAUUCUCCCAGCGGGUCUUCAGAAGGUUCACAAAGCCAUGCUCCAGGGAAUGAAAUGGGUAGAAAACUUUCUUCUGAGUCAACUUUGGCCCAGAAAGCUACUACAGAGAAUACCUUUGAAGAGGAACUGAAUUAUGGGCUCCGCAGGUGGAAUGGCAGAAGACUCAGAACAUAUGGCAAGGCUCCUUUCAGCAAGUCAAAAGUGCUUACUGAUUCACAGGCAACAGCGGAGAUGGAAGUAAAACGGAAGAGACUACAUCCUGAAUUGGAAAAUGUGCAAAUGUCUAAAACCCCUGGGUGUUCACAGUAUGGACCUGGCACCAGUCUCAGGCCGUCGGAUCUGGGCUCCAUAACUGAGUCAGAGGCUGACUGUACCAAUAACACAAGAGGCAAAAGAAGGAAAGCUAAAGGAAAAGCAAGAGUAGUUAGAAAAGAAUCUGUUCCUAGAGACAGAGAACCCAAUACAAAAAUGAGAACAUGUAUGCAUAAUCAGAAGGAUGCAGUGCAAAUGCCUAGUGAAACUCUGAAAGCAAAAGUGGUACCUGAGAAAAUUCCCCGCAGAUGUGCUACUGUGGCUGCAAAUAAAAUAAAGAUAAUGAGUAACCUAAAACAGACGAUUUCAGGACCAGAAAAUGUCUGGAUUAGGAAGAGUAGCAGAAAACUGCCCCAUCGAAACGCUUCUGCUGCGGCUAAGAAAAAAUUACUGAAUGUUUAUAAAGAGGAUGAUACAACCAUAAAUUCUGAAAGUGAAAAAGAGCUAGAAGAUGUUAGUAGCAAAAUGUUUUUUCUAAGGCGGUUCAGACCCUGGAAGGAAAAAGCGCAAUAGCGACUGAGAAUGUAGAAGUGGUUUCUGGAAGCGAGCAGGGGCCUCGAGUAGAGUGCAGCCGCCUCUGCUCCUCACCCUGCCGCGAACCCCUUGUUGCCUCCCGUGAGGAACUUUCUAAAAGCCAUACUCCAGCGGUCAAGGAUGCUCUCCCGAGAGCCCGUGUGCAGACACGCAAUACAGGAGGUAGACUGUGAGCCUGUAGGCCGAGGAGGUAGGCUGUGCGCCCUUAGCGAGGUGGGAAGACGAGACAGGGCCUAUUGCAAGACUGCCAUCCCUUCCAGAAAGCAAAAGCCUGGAAGAAAUGUCUUGAUUUGUUAGAGAAAGAAAGUGGGAAGUGGACAGGAUAUGCAGGAAAAACUUUUAAGGGGUUAGAAAAUUUCAAAAGCUCAAGCUGAUGCUGAUUUUACGGGUUCUCCAUUAGAACAUAAAAAUUCAGACCACCACAACUAUCUAUCAUGGCAGUACAGAUAUGGAAGGGAAAAAAAUGGAACACAUUUCCCCAGGAAGUGCCAAUGAGCCCAUUUGACUUCGGGAUGGCACAAAACCUUUUGUCCCUUUAGUUCACAUCCCCAAAGCUCAAAACCGAAAGGACCGAGGGAUUUCAUGCUGGCGAUGUUAGUUCUGAUGUACAGUGUUAGAAAUGAGCAGUUGGAGAAGAUCCAUUAUUGUCUUAUUUUGUUUAUAACAUUGGGAUUUAUACUGAAUGAUCACUUGGUAUGACUAAUUCAGGGAUUAUAUAUUUUUCUAUGAAAGCUAUGAAUGUGACUAUCACUUCAUGUAGCAGCAAAAAUUAAGAAGCAGGCUUAGUUUUAAUUAGAAAAUAAAAGUCUAGUUUAAGAUCAAAUUGGUCAUAUUUUUAGAUGAUAUAAAAUCCUAUCUUUUAUGUUUAUGGCACCUUAAAGUUAGAAUUUAGACACUGAGCAAAUUUAUUGACAGCAUGUCUGGUCUAUUUCAUUGUGGCCUUUGCUAGGAUUAGAAAAUUUGGUCAUUGUUCUACAGAGAAUUUAUUUGCAAUGGGGCUUGAUUUGUUAAUAGGUAUUUGUUGACAUUAAGAUCACCAGAUUAAGUGAAUGUACUGCCAGUACUUUUUAACAUAGUAAGAUGCUAUUGGAAAAAUUAAUUGUUAAAGAUCUGUGACUAUUAAUACAUGAUUUGCAUGUGCAAAUAUGAAAAAGUAAAAACGUAGAAACCUAGAGUUUUCUAUUUCUUUUUCAUAAAGACUAAUGCAUAUUUUUUCGUUAUACAGAUGGACCAAGUGUCUAGAUUACUUGAAAUAUUUGUGGCUGCAUGCUUGUUUACAAAAGCUUUUUUAAAAAAGUAUAAGCCAGAAUAUUCUAAACUACAAUGUGUGUACAUUUCUCUUUUGUAGUGUACUUUAAUUUGAAAUACUGAUCUCCAUUAACUUGCUAGAACAGGUAAGAAAGGAAAAGAUCCUAAUAAACUACUGUUAAUUAUAAGUGCAUGGGGUUUGAUUUUGGAGCUUUAAUGAAAUGCACAAACUAAUUUUCAGUCUCUAGUUUUCAUUUCAUAGACAUUUCUUACUGGGUAUAUUAUAUCCUCAAGAAAUAUAACAAAAUAAAAAAGUCUGAAAUGCAAAAUUUCAUGAAAAAUUUCGGGUUUGUGAUGAAUUUAAAUUUUCAGUUUAUAAUUUACUGCACUAGGAUUAAUUUCUGUCAGUAUCUGAGAUUGUAUGGACAGCCUGUCAUAAUGGAAUCCUUUGUCUGGCUUCAUAUUUAAUUUGAACAUAUACUUGCCUUUUCAUUUUUAAAGUGCUUGCCCUAAUUUUUUUGUAAGUGCAUGAAAUAAGCAUUUGUUCAAAACUUUACAUUCUUGCAAAAUUGUUCUCUAUGAACUGUCUGGAAAAUUUAUAGCCAAAUGUAUUACUACUACUCUACAAUAACUGUAGUUAGAUUUCCAGAAAAGGUUUCUUUAUAAUGUAACUGAGAAAUCAAAUUUAAUGGUUUACUGGUCAUAUGACAAAUUAUUUAACAGGAGGACUAAAAAUGAUGUCCAAAUAACGUCUUACUCUGUAAUUCAUUGUUAGCCCUGUUAACCAGGAGUCCUCGUGUUUUAAAAUAUACUGGUAGUCUUGUAUAUUCUUUCUCACUAACGAAUACCCAGUUUCCUAAGCUUUUACUUGCUGGCGGUUUGGUUUUAUUUAUUUUUAUUUUUAUUUUUUUUUUGGUUUUUCUCCGGUACCGGGAACUGAACUCACGACCUUGCGCUUGCCAGGCAGGCGCUUUUGCCGCUGAGCUAAAUCCCCAGCCCCUGGCGGUUUGGUUUUAAUGUUUAUUCCUAACUAUUAAUUUUUUAAAACAGAUGUGUAAAAUUGCUAAAUAGAUUAUAUGUAAAUAACUUUGUUGAUUGCUACUUUUCCACAUCUUAAGACAUUUUCAGCUAUUUUUGAGUUUUUAAAAAAAUUUCAAGGCUCUGUGCAACUCCAAAGUAGUACUUCCCUUCCCUUUGUGAGUACUGAGAAAAGACUCUGAAAUGCCAUCAAUGCUUUAUUUCAGCACAACGAAAUCUAGAAUGCGGUUUUUAUUUUUCAUUGCAGUAGGAGACAGUUUCAUUUUCAGUUAAAUUACACUUGUCCCCUUUCCUCCUGCCUGCCUGUAACAGUGCCCUGUGAACGCUGUCUUCAGCACAUGGUAAAGAGAGAACCAAUUCAAAAUUAUAAUCAUAUACGUUGCUUACUAAUGAAAAGCUGUUUAAACGAAAACCAAUUUGUAUUAGUUAUAAAUGGCCAGUUUAAAAAAGUCUAUUUUUGCAUUCUCAUGAAAAUGUUUUUUAGGUCAGCUUGACUGACUAUCAUCAGCUUUUGAAAUGUGAGCUCCUGUAUCCGAGUAAAGGUCACAUUUUUACAACA